CGGCCCGGGGAAGCCCGGCAAGGCUUUCCCGGCAGCGGCGGGUUCAGGGACGUCCCCGCCGGGCUGUGCUGGGCCCGGGCAGUGCCAGGGGGCACAAAGAAGCACAGCUGCACUCCUAAAAACACACUGUUUAUCCACACUCGCCGGGUCUGGGCAGCCCGCAGCGUUCCAAAGAUCAAAGUUUAAAACAGACAUGCCAGUCCUUCCUAACUCCUCGUGUUUAAGCACACAGCACCACCAAGUCUGAAUUGCUGCUGCUGAAAGCCUGUGCUGAGCUGGGCCUGUGUUGAUGUGAGAGUGCAGCCCCUCCUGCACCGUGGCUUUGACAGAAAGCAGGUUUAAUCCAACAUGCCCAGUGAGGAGCAGACUGCAGUGCAGUACUACGUCGGCGUUGACGUGGGCUCAGCCAGCGUUCGCGCGGCUCUGGUGGACGGCGCUGGGGCGGUGGUGGCACACGCAGAGCGACCCAUCCAGGUGUGGGAGCCCCGGCCAGACCACUAUGAGCAGUCCUCUGCAGACAUCUGGGCUGCCUGCUGCUCUGUCACAAAGGAAGUUGUCCGUGGAGUGGAUGCCAGCCAGAUCCGAGGGCUGGGCUUUGAUGCUACCUGUUCCCUUGUGGUGGUGGAUAAACAGUGCCAGCCUUUGGCAGUCAACUCUGAAGGGCAGCACCACAGGAACGUGAUCAUGUGGAUGGACCAUCGUGCAGUGAGCCAGGUCAGGCGCAUCAACGCCACCCAGCACAGGGUCCUGAGCUACGUAGGGGGAGCCAUGUCUGUGGAAAUGCAGCCCCCUAAACUGCUCUGGAUAAAGGAAAACUUGCCAGAAUCGUGGGACAAGGUUGGCUACUUCUUUGAUCUUCCGGAUUUCUUAUCUUGGAAAGCCACAGGUGUCACUGCAAGGUCUCUCUGCACAGUAGUGUGCAAGUGGACAUACACGUCAGAUAGAGGCUGGGAUGACAGCUUCUGGAAAAUGAUUGGUUUGGAAGAUCUGGUGAAGGAUAAGUAUGAAAAAAUAGGAAGCCACGUCUUGUCUCCUGGAGAGCCUGUUGGGAGAGGGCUGGCUCCAGACGCUGCGGAGGAUCUCGGGCUCCCCGAGGGGAUUGCAGUGGCAGCAUCUCUCAUCGAUGCACACGCUGGAGGACUGGGAGUAAUUGGGGCAGAUGUGAAAGGACAUAACCUUCCCUGCGAGAACCAGCCGAUUACAUCCCGAGUUGCAAUGAUCUGUGGAACAUCUUCGUGCCACAUGGGGGUGAGUGAAACCCCCAUUUUUGUGCCUGGUGUUUGGGGACCGUAUUUCUCAGCGAUGGUACCUGGGCUGUGGUUGAAUGAGGGGGGCCAGAGUGCCACAGGAAAACUGAUCGAUCAUGUGGUGCGGGGCCACGCCGCCUUCCCGGAAUUAGAGGCAAAAGCUGCAGCCAGUGCUCACAGCAUAUAUACAUACUUGAACAGUCACCUGGAUCUGAUUAAGAAAUCUUUGCCUGUGGGUUUCCUCACUGUUGAUUUACAUGUUUGGCCAGAUUUCCAUGGUAACAGAUCUCCCUUAACAGAUCUGACACUAAAGGGCAUGGUUGUUGGACUAACACUGUCUCGGGGUCUGGAUGAACUUGCCCUUAUCUACCUGGCCACAAUCCAAGCCAUUGCUUUAGGAACAAGACAUAUUUUGGAGGUGAUGCAGGCUGCAGGACAUGACAUCAGCACGCUGUUCCUGUGUGGUGGGCUGAGCAAGAACCCUCUCUUUGUGCAGAUGCACGCUGACAUUACUGGCAAACCUGUUGUGCUGUCCAAAGAAGUGGAGUCUGUUUUGGUGGGCGCUGCUAUUCUUGGAGCUUGUGCUUCUGGGGAUUUUGCAUCUAUCCAGGAGGCCAUGGCAAAAAUGGGGAAAAUCGGGAGAGUCGUGCAGCCCAACCACGAGCAUAAAAGAUUUUAUGACAAGAAAUACGAAGUGUUUUUGAAGCUCGUGGAGCAUCAGAGAGAGUAUCGCUCCAUCAUGAACAGCUUGUGAUCCAGAGGCAUGGAAUCUGGGAACAGCAGGGAUAACAAAUUCCCAGGCAUGUGUGAUGCGGGUAAUUUCUUCUUACUGUACCGUCCAUGUUAAAAAUACAUGCUUAUCAUUUAAAGUAUGCAUUUUAAUUUUUAAUGAGAAAUAAAAUGCAGUCGCUUUACUGUGAA